CGCUGUAAACUCGUGCACGCCGAAAACAGUGGAGUUUUUCUUGAUUACCACUUUCCGGAGAACUCUUGAAUAUAUCCCCUAAAAAAGCGACCUACAAUGACCGAGGAGUGCAAGAACUCGCAGCUGGACGACGUGCAACGACAGCUCCUAGAUCGCCUAGCCAAGAAUGACACCAGUGGCUUUAAGCAGCUGUUGGUCGGCGUGAAAAAUGUGAAUUUCGUCGACGACAGUGGGAUGUCGUGUUUGGCCCAUGCCAGCUUCAAGGGAAAUCGCGAGGCGGUUCAGGUGCUCCUGGAUAUGGGUGCCGACAUCAACCUCAACCAACACGGAGCUGACUAUACGCCUCUGCAUUUUGCUGCAUUAUCUGGUAAUGCACACGUGUGCCGGCAACUCUUGGAUGCGGGAAUCAAACCAGGCAGCAUCAAUAGCGUCAACAGGACCGCCUCCCAAAUGGCUGCCUUUGUGGGCAACCACGCCUGUGUGGAGACCAUUAACAACUAUGUGACGCAAUCCAGUUUGGAGUACUACACCCAAGUGCAUGGCCAGCAAACGGAGCCGCAAAUACCGCCAAGUUUACUCAAAUCCUUCCAUGCCUUUGUAACCGAAAUCAACCUGCAUCCCGUGAGGAUUGCCCUGAAUGUCCAGUCGUUGGGGCUACUUAGAAUCCUCUCCAACCUACGCAAAACAUUGUCACUGAUGUGUGAAAAGGAAAUGCAGAAAACCCAUGACCUCAAUGAACUGUUGGCCUUCAAGUUCCAUUAUCAGGGUUGGAUUUUGGCUGAAUUGAUACGCUGCGAGGAGCAGUUCAAGGCCCAGCACAAGGAGAAGAGCGGCGAAGAGGCCGGCGAUGCCAAUAAGAAUGACUUUAUUGAGAUGUUCGUGAAGCGGGUGCUCAAGGAGAACAAGCUGGGCCAACUGGACUAUGUGGAAUACACGCUGAGGGAGUGUGCCAGGGAGUUUCCCGUCCGGGAGUGCACCAUCUUUCGGCAAAUCGCCACGCAAUUUGGCGCCAAGGAUGCGCCACCAGCUCUUACGAUCCUGCGGAAUGCCAUCAAUGGAAUGAGGGGAUUUGUGGACGAGGGCAGCUACUGCAGCACCUGCGGAGCGGAGAAGCCAGACAAGAAGUGCUCCAAGUGCAAGGCGGUGCAGUAUUGCGAUCGGGAGUGCCAGCGGCUUCAUUGGUUCAUGCACAAGAAGAACUGUGCCCGACUCUUGGCCCAGUCCCAAACCCAGUCGCAUUCCCAAUCGAAGGGAAACAUUGAUACCGCCGAACUUCGGGAGGAAUUGGCCAAACUGACUGCGUAAUACAGUGCUCCUUUGUAACGCUAAUAAAUGUAACAUAAAACAAGGAA